CCACCAGCGACGCUUCAGUCUCGAUCCAGUUCGAAGUCGAAUCAGUCAGGUCUGAUGCGUAGACGCGGCGUAUACGUGAUGCUGACGCUGUGCGGGGUUCUAACCGCUGGGCUAACCGCCUUUCUUGUGAUAUUCCUCACCGGCGGCCCGGGUGCCGAUGCGUCCGAAACACCUACGGUGAUAGUGGAACUAUCUAAUGGACAGGGGACGGUUCUUGGCAACCAUGCCUACACAGCCUGGACGGAUCAAGCCUUUAUGCAGUUUCGGGGCAUCCCAUUUGCCGAACCACCAAUGGAGGAGCUGCGUUUUCGGCCACCUGUGGCGCGCUCACCAUGGACAGGCACCCUCAACGCACUGAACUUUGGACAGCGCUGCCCGGUGAUAACAAAUCUAGAUAGUCAGAUGUCUGAUGCGGAACUCGAAAAUUGCCUCAAUCUGUCGGUAUACACUAAAAAUCUUUCUGCUAGUCAGCCUGUAAUGUUUUAUAUCUAUGGCGGCGGCUUUUACAAUGGCUCCGCCGAGGACCACCCACCGAACUACCUCCUUGAAAAGGAUGUUGUCCUAGUUGUACCUCAGUACCGGGUCGGAGCCCUCGGCUGGCUAUCGACCUACACGGAAGAGCUGCCCGGCAAUGCGCCCAUAGCCGAUAUCCUCAUGGCCCUCGACUGGGUGCAAAUGCACAUAAGUAACUUUGGCGGUGACCCUCAGAAGGUGACCAUUUUUGGCCAGAGUGCCGGCGCUGGAGUAGCCAGUUCCUUGCUGCUGAGUCCUAAAACCGACGACAAUAUGUUCAAGAGAGCGAUUGUGCAGUCUGGUUCGAUCUUCGCCAGCUGGGCAAUCAACAAGGAUCCGGAGGCACAAUCUCGACGUAUCUGUGUUCAGUUGGGAUGUUCUGGCUGUGAGCAACACGAUCAGCUUGUGAAGUGCCUUCAAAAAGCGAAAGUUGUGGACAUUCUAAAGGCCACGGCCUCAGAAUCCUUUUCGCCGAUUGUUGGAGACCUUCACGGCAUCCUCCCGCAACAGCCAAGUGAACUGGUGAAAAGCUAUCGCAGACAGAUUCCUAUUCUGACAGGAUUCACUCAACACGAUGGUUCGUUUGUGCUAGCAAGCUAUUAUGAUGCGCUGGCGGCAAAGGUGGCCAAUGUGAGUUCAUUAAGUGUCCGUCAGUUUUCCCAGGGUAUCAAUGACCUGGUCAAUGACACAUCUGGACUCACGGAUAACAUAUUGAAUCGGUUGCUCUUUAAGCCUCAGGCGCUUAACAGUCAUGAUCAUAGUGCAGCAGUGCCCUCGUACUUCGACCUUACUACGAACAUCUUCAUGAAGUCCCCGGUGAUAACUCUGGCUACCAAAAUGUACACCCAACAACGGUCCACGCCAGUUUACGUCUACAGUUUUGAGUACGAGGGAACAAACACUCGAUUUGGAUAUGAGUUCGACAACUCGCACUAUCCCUUCAAUGGAGGAGUGCAUCACUCGAAUGACAAUAUCUACCUCUUCGCCACGCAUCCCCUGGAGGGGCAGGACAUUCAGAUGUCUCAGAAAAUGGUCGAUGUGUGGACUUCGUUUGCUAUCGAGGGUGUUCCCAGUGAUCUUAGUCCGCUAAGUAGCGCAAGUGGGCCGUAUAACAAACUUAAUUUGGAAGUAACUAAGGGCGACGAUUUUUUGGAUACUUUAACUGCCGCAAUUGACGAUCCUGACAAUGGAAGACUACAGCGAGAAGACAUGGAGUUUUAAUAGCCACCAUUCGACAUACAAUUAAGGAACUGUAAAUAAUUGUUUUAAUAACAAAUGAAUGUUAAAUUUUAAAUGAAA